GUCGCGUCUUUUUUGACGAUUCAGACAACAUGGCGGCGGAAAGUGGUAGUGACUCGCGGGUGAGAGGAAGGCGCCGCCGGGACACAGAGGAUCCUGAGAAAUCGGAAUUCAGCGAGAAAGAACUGGCGGUGGGACUGGCUCAAGAAAACGUUGAGGAGAAUGAAGAGCGCUGGGUUGGGCCUUUACCUGUGGAGGCAACACUGGCCAAGAAGCGGAAAGUUCUAGAAUUUGAGAGAGUAUAUCUUGAUAAUCUCCCUAGUGCAUCCAUGUAUGAGCGCAGUUAUAUGCAUAGAGAUGUUAUCACCCAUGUGGUAUGUACCAAGACAGACUUUAUUAUUACUGCCAGUCAUGAUGGACAUGUUAAGUUCUGGAAAAAGAUAGAAGAAGGCAUUGAAUUUGUCAAACAUUUUCGUAGUCACCUGGGGGUUAUUGAGAGCAUUGCUGUUAGUUCUGAGGGAGCAUUGUUCUGUUCUGUGGGUGAUGAUAAAGCAAUGAAGGUGUUUGAUGUAGUGAACUUUGACAUGAUCAAUAUGCUGAAGCUUGGCUAUUUUCCAGGACAAUGUGAGUGGAUUUAUUGCCCAGGAGAUGCCAUAUCAUCAGUUGCUGCUUCUGAGAAGAGUACAGGAAAAAUUUUCAUUUAUGACGGUCGAGGAGAUAACCAGCCCCUUCAUGUAUUUGACAAACUCCAUACAUCACCUCUUACUCAAAUACGGCUGAACCCAGUUUACAAAGCAGUGGUGUCUUCUGACAAAUCUGGAAUGAUUGAGUAUUGGACUGGGCCUCCUCAUGAAUAUAAAUUCCCAAGAAAUGUAAACUGGGAAUAUAAAACUGAUACAGAUUUAUAUGAAUUUGCCAAGUGUAAAGCUUAUCCAACCAGCAUAUGCUUUUCACCUGAUGGGAAGAAAAUAGCAACUAUUGGUUCUGAUAGAAAAGUUAGAAUUUUCAGGUUUUUAACUGGAAAACUCAUGAGAGUCUUUGAUGAAUCAUUAAGUAUGUUUACAGAACUGCAACAGAUGAGGCAGCAGCUUCCAGACAUGGAAUUCGGCCGACGAAUGGCUGUAGAACGUGAGUUGGAGAAGGUGGAUGCUGUACGAUUAAUUAAUAUAGUUUUUGAUGAAACUGGAUACUUCGUGCUAUAUGGAACAAUGCUGGGCAUUAAAGUUAUAAAUGUAGAGACAAACCGGUGUGUGCGGAUCUUAGGCAAGCAAGAAAAUAUUAGAGUGAUGCAAUUGGCUCUAUUUCAAGGAAUAGCCAAAAAGCAUCGUGCUGCAACUACUAUUGAGAUGAAAGCUUCUGAAAAUCCUGUUCUUCAGAAUAUUCAAGCUGACCCAACGAUCGUCUGUACAUCUUUCAAAAAGAAUAGAUUUUAUAUGUUUACCAGACGAGAGCCAGAGGAUACAAAAAGUGCAGAUUCUGACCGAGAUGUUUUUAAUGAAAAACCUUCUAAAGAAGAAGUCAUGGCAGCUACUCAAGCUGAAGGACCUAAGCGAGUUUCAGAUAGUGCCAUUAUCCACACAAGCAUGGGAGACAUUCACAUCAAACUUUUCCCCGUUGAGUGCCCUAAGACAGUGGAAAAUUUCUGUGUGCACAGUAGAAAUGGUUACUAUAAUGGGCAUACUUUUCACCGUAUAAUUAAGGGUUUCAUGAUUCAGACUGGAGAUCCGACAGGUACUGGUAUGGGAGGAGAAAGCAUAUGGGGAGGAGAAUUUGAAGAUGAAUUUCAUUCAACACUAAGACAUGACAGACCAUACACCCUCAGCAUGGCCAAUGCUGGAUCAAAUACUAAUGGAUCACAGUUUUUUAUAACAGUAGUACCAACACCUUGGCUUGAUAAUAAACACACAGUGUUUGGAAGAGUGACCAAAGGAAUGGAAGUUGUGCAGAGGAUCUCCAAUGUCAAAGUCAAUCCCAAAACAGAUAAACCGUAUGAGGAUGUCAGCAUUAUAAACAUCACUGUCAAGUAGAAUAAAACAUUUCACUGUACUUGCAAAUAAAUUACAUUUGUUAAACAAGAUUUAUAUUAGAAAACUUAAAAUUUUCUGAUUAUAUGUCGUUUUAAAAGAUGCAAUGCUAUAUUUUUCUCAUUAAAGUCUAUUUUGUAAAA